CGAAAGGCGGCGGCGGCCAUCGCGGCCAUGGUGGAGGGCCCGGGCUGCGCGCUCUGCGCCGAGCGCCUGCGGGCGCGCCUGCGCCCGGGACAGCGCGUGCGGGCCGCGCGGGGCGGCGGCGCGACUGCUGCAAGUAAAGAGAGCAUCUCUGGUCAUGAUUUCCUUGUUGGCCACGUUUACAGGGGUGUGGAGACAUUGGGAAAGGAACUUUUUAUGUAUUUUGAUCAGAAAGCUUUGAGGAUUCACUUUGGUAUGAAUGGUUCCAUGCACAUUAAUCCUGAUGGAAGCAAAGACAGAAAUGGAGCACAACCAGUUUUGGAGAUACAGCUUAUGGAGGAUACUGUUUGUUUUUGGGAUGUGACAGUAGAGUAUAGAAAUGCAGCUGAGUGUGAGCAGAAAGUGAGGAUGAUGGAGAGUUUGGAUGUCUGUUCUCCAAAGUUUAGCUUCUCAAGAGCAGAACAUGAGAUUAAGCAGCAGAACACCCGUAUGUUGUGUGAUGUGUUAUUGGAUCAAUCAGUAUUACCUGGAGUGGGAAAUAUCAUAAAGAAUGAAGCACUCUUUGAUAGUGGUCUUCAUCCAGCUCUUAAGGUUUGCCAACUGACAGAUGAGCAUAUACGUCGCUUGGUGAAAAUGACCCGUGACUUUACCCUGCUUUUUUAUAAGUGCCGCAAAGCUGGGUCCCCGCUGUACCGACACUACAGAGUGUACAAGCGCCCAGCCUGCAGGGAGUGCAGUGGCAGCAUCACCGUGUGCCGUCUGGGAGACCAUAACAGGAUGACUUACUUCUGCUCUCAAUGUCAAAAGGCAGAUCCCCAGCUUGUCAAUCUUAGCAAACUGCCAGCUAGAAACAGCCUAAUUGGCUGGGCAUAUGGCAGGGGGUCAUGUUCUAAUGAACAUGUAGCUCGGAAAUCUGAAGAGGAGUGGACGUGUAUGUGCUGCACCCUAAUAAACAAGCCUUCUGCUGAAAUUUGUGAUGCCUGUUUGACUUCAAGACCUGAAGUUCCAAAGAUGGAGAGUUUUGAAGAUUCUGCAGCCUUUAACACAAACUUAAUGAAGUACCCUUGUAAUGAUUUCAGAAAACCAAGCACAGAAAUAAAGAUCAAUAGGAAAACUGCGUUUGGAACUACAACUCUUGUCUUAACAGAUCUUGGUAACAAAACUGUUUUGAGAAAUGAUAUCCAGAUAUCUGGUGAACACUCUCAGUGUGUUUUUCCAAAAAGCAAUUGUAAACAGAUCCAAAGCAAUGCCUGCCAGUCAGCGGGAAGCACAGAGAAGGACUCCUCAACAAAUGUAGCUGCCCUGGCUUUGUCUUCCUGUCAGCAGCCUGUCUCUUUCAAACACAUACAGAAGAAACAGAAAACUGACCAUGUACCUGUGGUUCACCCAUAUAAUACAGCAAUCAGCGCACCUCAAACUAAUGUGAGAGAUGAUACUGGUAUGUUGAGCGUGGGGCAUCCUCGCUGCAGUAAACACAGCCGUCUCUGCAGCCUCAGAGUUGUGAGGAAGGAUGGAAAAAACAAGGGAAGGCAGUUUUACUGUUGCCCUCUCUCCAGGGAAAAUCAGUGUGAAUACUUUCAAUGGGCUGACCUGGAUUUUCCGUUUUGUAACCAUGGCAAGCGAUGUGUUAUGAAGACUGUGUUGAAGAUCGGUCCCAAUAAUGGAAAGAACUUUUUUGUGUGCCCUCUUGGGAAGGAAAAACAGUGUGGCUUCUUCCAAUGGGCAGAAAAUGGGCCAGGUGCAAGAAUGACUGGGGGACACACAAAAUCUGCAGCUCUUGGAUUCUACUCCUUUAGUGGCAGAACUGGAGGCUCAGCCACCAACUGGCAGCAGGCUGCAUUUGCUCAGGACUGUGAGUCAAGAACCAGCCAUACUCAGUGUUAAGUGCUAAAAAAGCACAACUACAUCAACUUUGAAAAUGAAAGUAUACCCAACUCAAAAUA